CAGCCUCAGUGCUCUGUGAGCCGCCUGGUACAUGAUAAGCAGGAGGAUCCUGUCCCGUCUGGUGGCCUCAGAACCCUGCAUACCAAGAUAGACCACUCAAGCUAAAACUUGUCUUUCUAAAAUUCUUUGAUGGAUGUAGCCGUACUGACUGCGCUUGUUAGAUAAUCUUGCCAGACCAGAAAGCUUUAGAUCAUCAGGCCCUAAAACGUUACACUACUAUAAAAGUUAUGGCAGGGCCAAGGCCAGUAGUCUUGAGUGGACCUUCGGGUGCAGGGAAGAGCACUCUUCUGAAGAGGCUACUUAAAGAGUAUGAAGGUGUUUUUGGCUUUUCGGUUUCCCAUACUACCAGAAAUCCGAGGCCUGGCGAAUCUGAUGGGAAUGAUUACCAUUUUGUGACUCGAGAUGCAAUGCAGAAAGGAAUAGAUGGUGGGGAAUUUAUCGAGCAUGCAGUGUUUUCAGGAAACCUUUAUGGGACCAGUAAAGCCGCAGUACAAGCCGUACAGGCCAUGAACCAGAUCUGUAUUUUGGACAUAGACAUGCAAGGAGUUAAGAACAUGAAAAAGACCGACCUGAAUCCUAUCUAUGUCUCCAUUCAGCCACCAUCAGUAGAGAUUUUAGAAAAGCGAUUAAGGGACCGAAAGACUGAGUCGGAAGAAAGUUUACAGAAAAGGUUAAAAGCAGCAAUUGAAGAUAUUGAAAUCAGUAAAGAGCCGGGGCUAUUUGAUCUUGUAAUUCUUAAUGAUGAUUUAGAAGAGGCAUAUUCAAAUCUAAAAGGGGCCCUUGAAGUGGAAAUCAAGAGAACUCAAACAUCAGAAAGUUCCUGACUGAAAACUAUAAUCCCACCCUAAAUCUCACCAUCCGCCUCCUAUCACGGUAGCAUCGCUAUAAUAUCCUCUGCUACGUCAUAAACCUAUUUAAGGGAAUGAAAGAUCUCAUUUUUCAUAUUGUGUUUUUUGUUUUGUUUUUUAUCUAAAACUGGAGCUGGUUUUCCUAGUAAUGGUCUUCCAAACGUUUUGCAAUGGAUAGUAGGAAAGUUCUUCAUUAUGCAAAUGUUCGAUUAUCCUAUAAAAUAAAAGUUUUUGUGUGCAAAACAAAGUAUUAUAAUGUCAGUAAACUAGAGAUUGAAUCAGCUCAGUAGAUUAUUCUUGUUGAUUUCCAUUGGACCAAGGUGGGACUGUUUCUUUAGGCCAGAUCAUGUGGUGUGUUUAGCAUUUGAGAAUGAUUUUAUUUAGUGAUACGGUCUCUCUUUUUUAUUUAAUAUUUUGCAUCACGGUUAGACCAAAGUGACACGUUUCGUGUAAAAAGCUUCUUCACCGUAAUAGUUUGCAAGUCUAAUAUAUUCAUGCAUAGAAGAGAAAAGCAUUCAGUGUAAUCCACACAACCUUGUCACCCGAUAUAUGUACUUCAAAUAAACAAACCAAAUGUUUUAAUACA